UCCCUAAUCUAAAGAGCACGUGGCAUUACAAGAAUUUUGUAGAUGGAUAAUAUAAAGUCUCUCACUCGUGGGAUAUUCAGAAUCACAUCCACUUCUUCUUCCUCUCCUCUCGUUUAUUAUCCACACAACAAAAAUACAAAUCACUCAAAUAUCUGUUAUAAUGACAUGUCAAUUAUCAUAUCCUUAAUUUUUUUUUCUUUAAACCCACCAAAAGGCAAAAGAAAUAUUCAAAUAAUGUAAUAAACCCUCUUUUUUGUAUUCUCUGAUUACUUCGUCUCUUCCCCUGUAAUGGCGCUUCCACACGUAGUCUCUUCACCUUCUUCAACUUCAUUAUCUCCUUCCUUCAAAUCCAAACCACCGUUUCACUCCCUUAGAUCUUUAUCACCGACGGUUGAUAAUCGCCGGCGUUGUAAACUCAACAGUUCCUUCCGAUGUUCAUCUUCUUCAUUCUCCGAGAAGCAUCACAACGCGAAAUCUCCAAAAUCCGAUGAUAUCGUCGAGCUUCCUCUGUUUCCACUCCCACUCGUUCUCUUCCCCGGAGCAAUCCUUCCUCUUCAGAUCUUCGAAUUCCGUUACCGUAUCAUGAUGCACACGCUCCUCCAAUCUGAUCUACGAUUCGGCGUAGUUUACUCCGAUUCCGUCUCUGGCUCCGCCGCAGAAGUAGGAUGUGUAGGAGAAGUCGUGAAACACGAGCGUCUCGUCGAUGAUCGAUUCUUUCUAGUCUGCAAAGGUCAAGAACGAUUCCGAGUCACGAAUGUCGUUCGUACGAAACCCUACCUUGUCGGAGAAGUCACGUGGCUUGAAGAUCGUCCUUCCGGUGAAGAAAAUCUUGAUUCGUUAGCUAAUGAAGUCGAAGUUCUAAUGAAAGAAGUGAUUAGGUUAUCGAAUAGAUUGAAUGGUAAGGCUGAGAAAGAAGUUCAAGAUCUGAGGAGGAAUCAGUUUCCGACGCCGUUUUCGUUCUUCGUCGGAAGUACGUUUGAAGGAGCUCCUAGAGAGCAGCAAGCGUUGCUUGAGCUUGAAGAUACGGCAGCUAGGUUAAAAAGAGAAAGAGAGACUUUGAGGAAUACACUUAAUUAUUUGACUGCAGCUUCUGCUGUUAAAGAUGUGUUUCCUUCAUCAUCUUAGUGUGUAUUCUACUUUUACUGGUACAUAGAAUUUCUGAACCUCUUCUCUCUCUAAGCGUUUGGUAUAUUGAGCUUUGUCAGUAAUUGAAUAUACGAAACUUAUGAAAACCUGCAAAGUUGUGAAAGUGUAAUUGCCUUUGUAAUACGGUGAUUUUGGUGGUAUUAGUAUAUGUUUUGAAGGUUUUUAUAGGAUUUAUAGCUGAAUUGAUCACAAAAAUGUUGUGGUUUACUUGAGUUAGCUUCCAAAGUGGAAACCUAGAGAAUCUGCUAUGUCAACAAUUCCUAAUAGAGAGAGAUGUUCACUAAACCAGGGAAUGUCAAAACUGCUACGACUCAUAUAGAGACUAAGUAGUGUUGGUUGCUUUAUCUACAUACUAUAGACUUAUGGUACUUGUAUCAGUUUCGUUGCAACUAUGGUACUGGUUUAAUUAUCUUUGGUGUAGAUUCUAGUGAGCGUUUUCGACCUCUAGAACCAAGUGGAAACUUACCAAAUAAACUGCUUGGGCUGUGGAUUGCCUGCCUCUGUGUGUCUGUCGAGUCAUUCGGCGCUAGUUUGAUCAUCUGGUUCUGGUAUGAAUAACCGCGUUAUGUCUAUGCCAUCGAGUGUCGUCUAAUUAUGAGAUCAUGGAGCCUCGUCCAUGGUUCACUGCGAGGUUUAGGGUUUAGCAGAGUGACUCUGGUGGUGUUUCGAGUCAAGAUAGUCUCUAUCGAUUCAAAUUGCUACACCAAACAUAUAUUUUCGAACUUUUCUGCUAUAAGAAUUAACAAGUGUUCGCGACAAGAAGAUGAUUUCUGUUACAAACUCUGUUUUUACGGCUCCAUGUUCUGUUUUUCUUCAAAGCAUCUUGUGUAAUUAACAAAGGUUUUUUGGUGAAUAUAAUUUGGCAUUCAAAACUUAUGUACACGAGUUGUUUCCUUUGCCAUAAAAAAAUUGCUUGCCUUC